GAGGCCGCCCGCUACCUGGAGACGUUCAAAGCCUAUGAGCAGAAGCCCCCCGACCUGCUCCGGGGGAGCGUGGACCAGGAUUUCCUCUCCCGGAUGACCGAUUGCUUGACCAGCGUCAAAUCCGUGAACAAGACGGACGCGCUGAGCCUGCUCCGCACCUUCGGGUCGCUGGCAGCCGUGGUGGCCGCCUCCCGGGAGGAUUUGUCCCUUUGUCCCGGCGUCGGACCCCAGAAGGCCAAGCGGCUCUUCGACGUCCUGCACGAGCCCUUCCUCAAGGUCCCCAAAUGA